GAAUAAGAGGUCACGUGACAGUGGAUUUAAGAAGCCGUCAUGUGGCUCCUGAGACCGACCGUGUUGUUAGGUGCGUUGGGCAGCAAAGGAUUGGUAAGAGGCAUGUGUGCUCAAGCAACCGACUGGCAGAGUGCCAAGUCGAUAUACGAGUUUUCUGCCGAUGAUAUUGAUGGGAAUGAGGUUUCCCUGGAAAAAUACAGAGGAUAUGUGUGCAUCAUUGUAAAUGUAGCCUCUAUGAGGAAGACCAAGGUAAACUACACUCAGCUAGCGGGAAUGUACGCCUCGUAUGCUGAGAAGGGUUUACGCAUCCUGGGCUUCCCAUGCAACCAGUUUGGUGGACAGGAGCCAGGGACUAAUGAACAGAUCAAAGAGUUUGCCAAAGGUUACAAUGCUGAGUUUGACCUCUUCAGUAAGAUUGAUGUGAAUGGUGACAAUGCUCUCCCUUUGUGGAAGUGGAUGAAGGCGCAGCCCAAAGGCAAAGGAAUGCUGGGGAACAACAUCAAAUGGAACUUCACAAAGUUUCUGAUAAAUAGAGAAGGACAGGUGGUGAAGAGAUACGGUCCAACAGACGAUCCCAGUGUUGUUGAAAAGGAUCUCCCUACGUACCUGUAGUACUGCUGUUUACCAUGUGUUUUGUCUGACUCCUGACCUCUCUCAUGGACUCAAGGGUGUUGAUGUGUGUAUCUGGACCAGUGACGGCCUGUCUGUAAACCCAUUACUGGGUAGGGCAAGCCUGAUGAUCCUCAGCGUGCAACAAAACUCCAGAACCACCCACACCAAACCCAUAAGACCAUGAGAGAGGACAUUCGCAAGUUUUUGUAGUAGAGACUCUCCACCUUUCACUUACUGCAAAAUAGAAAUGGCUUUUCCUUUUUAAAUACCAACUUAGAAUUCCUAAAUGUUAAGUACCAGGUUUGUUCAUGUGUCAACGUCAGUUUCUUUAAGAACAUAAGAUGCCAUACAUUGCUCUGAUUGUUGAAAACUACUGAUAUUGUUUGCACUUAUUUCUGUAACUCAUGACUUAUCUGUAAAAAAAUGGAAAAUAAAUGCUGUCUUGAACAUUAAA